AUGUCGAGCUCUGAUCUCGUGACGCAAGGUGGCACGGUCGUGCGUGACCAGGGAAUUGGACGGCAGUUUAGCGAUGAUAGCUACAGUGAUAGUCAUCACAUGGACAGUACCUACAUCGGUCUGCGCCUACCAAGUCGUCCUCACAGGCCGGGAAAGCACCAUCACAAACACCGCGGCAAGACCAGCGCAUCCUACACUGUCAACCAUGUAGACGCCGCUCCUCCCACUGCUGUUGAGAACUUUCUCGCUUCCAUGUCGCCCAGCGAAAAGAUUCAACAUCUGAUUGGCGAGAUAGACGAGGAAACUCACAAUAUUUUCUGUCAGUUAGACACACUACAACGUGUAGGUGUGGAGUACCAGUGGAGGGAAGCGGCCAGAUGGGUGAAAUACGAAGAGGAUGUAGAGGAGGGCGGUUCAAGAUGGUCCAAGCCCCACGUUGCUUCGCUAUCUCUUCAUUCCCUUUUCGAGCUGAGGUCCUCUCUCCUACAGGGCGCUGUCAUGCUCUCAAUGGAUGCCUACCAUAUUGGUCAAAUCGCAGACAUGAUCCUCGACUCCCUGAUCAACAAUAAACAGUUAGAGGAACGUCUACGAGACCCAAUCAGGGCGGCCAUUGUGUCCUUGCAUUGGAACCAGCACCAGAAGCGUAGACGCAGUGUGAUGCCUGGCGAUGACGAUCCGAGCAAGGGCGGUUUCAAGAGACGUUCCAUGAAGAGGACUUUCUCCGAAAUUGGUCGUUCUUUCUCCGUUAAGGGUAGAGAGAACAGUUCGGGCCACCUUUCCCACCGUUCGGGUGCAAAUCUCCGUAGCAACCCAAACAGCAUUCCAAAUAUGGAGAAUAUGGGUGAUCUGCCAGAUUCCGCCUCCUCUACAAAGUUAAAUGUGGACUUCAUGAGGAAGAUCCCAGAAGGGGCCGAGGCUGCUAACAUCAUGGUCGGCGAGAUGGACUGCCUCAAAUACCAGGUGACGGCGUUCGUCCGUCUAACUGAAGGACGACAUGUUGGUGACAUGACGGAGGUACCAAUCCCCACGCGCUUCAUCUUUAUCUUGCUUGGUCCCACCGGGAGCUACUCCAAAAACUUCGAAAUGGGUCGGUCUAUAUCUACCAUCCUUGUCGACGAGGUAUUCCGGGAAGUGGCUUAUAAAGCGAGAAACCGACAGGAUCUAUUAUCCGGAAUAGACGAGUUCCUCGACCAGGUAACAGUGCUACCGCCUGGCGAAUGGGACCCAAAGAUUCGUAUUGAACCACCUGACAGUGUACCAUCACAGGAAGGAAGAAAGGUCGCCAAAGUACCAACCACUGUUUCCGUCCCAACCGAGAACGGAGCACCUGUGACUCCAGCUGGCGGUCCCCCAGAGGAGGAGGAGGAAGAAUCACACUGUGACCCUACCCUCCAGCGGACUGGCAGAUUAUUCGGAGGAAUGAUAGCAGAUAUAAAGAGAAAGUUACCGUUCUACUGGAGCGACUUCAAGGACUGUAUGCAUAUACAGUGUGUUGCCUCUGUCAUCUACCUUUUCCUCGCCACCCUCACACCAAACGUCACCUUUGGUGGUCUUCUCGGCCAAGCCACAGAACAGUACAUGGGUACGAUGGAGUGUAUUUUAACGGCAUCUCUGACAGGAAUCCUGUUUGCCUUAUUCGCCGGCCAGCCGUUGAAUAUUCUCGGCAGUACCGGACCAAUGUUGGUGCUAGAAAUGAUUCUCUUUAAUGUUUGUAAGGACCAAGACCUGGUGUACAUGCCUUUCCGAUGUUGGGUAGGCAUAUGGACGGCAGUAUAUUGUGUGCUGAUCGUGGCCUUUGACCUCAGCGCUCUCGUUAGAUAUAUAACGCGGUUUACAGAGGAAAGUUUCGCCUGCCUCAUUGCUCUCAUUUUCAUCUACGAAGCUUUUAAGAAGGAAUUGGGUAUCCUCAAGAAUUAUCCUUUGAAUCCGCAUCACUAUAGCGACGUCUGCGAUUGUGUAAACCCAUUCCCCAACAAUACCUUCAUAAACGGGACCGACUUCAACGCUACCUACACUGGGUAUAACAUGUACUCGAUUGGGUCCACCGGAAACUCCACCAAUAUGACAAUGGACUGGAGCUCAUUCAACAAAACCACAUGUGAAAUGUUCAACGGAACUUUGGUUGGAGAGGGAUGUAUGGAACAUGCUGAAUACAAACCAAAUGUCUUCUUCCUUUCUGUUCUCCUUUUCCUCGGAACAUACGUCAUCGCUUCUUCUCUUACUGACAUGAAGACCAGUCGUUUCUUUCCUACUUCUGUCCGCCAACUCUUCAGUGACUUUGCUGUUCUCACCUCCAUCAUUGUCAUGGUGGCGGUAGAUAUGCUGAUCGGUGUACCAACUCCCAAACUUGAAGUCCCUUCGGAAUUUACUACCAGCAGACCUGGCCGAGGUUGGGUUGUCAGUCCGUUCCAUCCUAACAACCCCUGGUGGUUGGCUUUAGCUGCGGCUGUCCCUGCUGCUCUGGCAGUGAUCCUUGUGUUCAUGGAUCAGCAAAUCACAGCAGUCAUCGUCAACAGGAAAGAAAAUAAACUAAAGAAAGGAAGUGGGUACCAUUUGGAUAUGAUGGUUGUAGCUAUUUGUAUUCUCGCUUGCUCCUUCCUCGGUCUUCCAUGGUAUGUCGCUGCCACUGUUUCGGCUCUGGCCCAUGUUAUGAGUCUGAAAAAAGAGUCUGAAUGCACUGCUCCAGGAGAAAGACCCGCUUUCCUUGGCGUUCGUGAGCAGAGAGUAACAGCUUUGAUGGUUGGAAUUCUCAGUGGAUUGGCCGUAUUUCUAACAAAAAUUCUUGGUGUAAUUCCUAUGCCUGUACUCUAUGGAGUCUUCUUGUACAUGGGAGUUGCUGCUCUCAAAGGAAUGCAGUUGGUGGACAGAAUUGCGCUCAUCUUCAUGCCUUCAAAAUACCAGCCAGACCGACUGUACCUUCGUCACGUCAGGAUCAAGCGCGUUCACCUGUUUACAUUCAUCCAAAUCCUCUGCUUGGCCGUUCUUUGGGUCAUCAAACAAGUCAAAUCUAUUUCAAUUGUGUUCCCUAUAAUGGUUGCCGGCACGUGUUUUGUGAGGAUGGCCAUGGGAAAGAUAUUUACACAACACGAGCUGAAAUGGCUUGACGAUCUCAUGCCAGAAGAUAAGGCAAGGGCGAAAGAGGACAAGAAUAAAAAUGCUGAGACUGCAGGCUUACUGGAGGAUGAAUAUGAAAAACCUAAAGGAAACUUCGAUGAACGUGUUAAUAUCUCCGAGGAAAUGAGCAAAACGUCAAUCUGGUUACAAGUACGACGUGACUCAUGUCGCCACGACACCGAAGACCUUGGAAUGCGUGUGAACAAAAGAAGGAAGGAUAGGAAAAACCAGGAGUUAAGCGAAAAAGAAGAAAAAGCAGCUUUUUACUUUGGAGAUGAGGAAGAAAACAAACUUAAAGAAUUACCAGAAUAA